AUGUACAACGGCAUAUUGAGCUAUUCAAUCUGUUCAUCAGCCAUGAAACCAUCACUCAUUUCUGGUCUUUUACUUGCUUUCGUUCUUCUUGYAUCUCACUACUCGGUGGCCGCCCAUCGGUUCGACUACCCYACCGCCAAACUCUCUACAACAUGGACCAAUGCCAAGUCCGCUCCCCACUCUGUGAGCUUCACUGAUGGCUCAACGGUCCGAGCCAUCCUCCUUAGAGGAUCCUAUGGACCCAGAUUCGCCUGUGGCUUCUACUGCAAUGGAACCUGCACCUCCUACGUUUUUGCCAUCUUCAUCGUGCAAACCAAUAGUGCGUCUGGUAUUGUUGCACCCGCAAUCGGGUUCCCUCAAGUUGUCUGGUCAGCCAACCGAGACCAUCCUGUCAAGCUUGGAGCAACUCUUAAUCUCACUCCCGCUGGAGAAUUAGUCCUCCGCGAUGCUGACGGUAGCCGUGUUUGGUCUACCAAAACCGCCGGGAAAUCAGUUGCCGGCAUGAGCAUAACCGAUAAAGGAAACCUGGUGUUAUUCAAUGCCAAAAACACUAUCGUUUGGGACUCUUUCAAUUACCCGACGGACAGUUUGGUCCCUGGCCAGAAACUGUUCCAAGGACAGAAGCUGAUCGCUAGUGUUUCGCCGACUCGUUGGUCGAAAGGUUCGUAUUCUCUUCAAGUCACUAAUCAAGGUUUGUUCGCUUAUAUUGAAUCCAAACCACGUCGAGUCUAUUACCGAUACUUGAUCAACGGCCCCGAUCGAAGUAAAGARAGAAGUUACAUUAGGUUCKCGAACGGAAGUUUGGCUYUGUUCGUUCAUUCUGCGGAGCCAAGUCGUCCUGAUGGUUCGAUUCGAGUACCUCGAGCAUCAUCAGCUCAGUACAUGAAACUUAUGUCCGAUGGGCAUCUGAAGGUGUGGGAAUGGCAGCAGUCAGGGUGGAGAGUGGUGGCUGAUUUGUUCGGAGYUCCUCGCCGGAGCCCGUAAUGGGAACUGAAUCCGGUGAUUGAUCAUUACAKCUAAUCGGAAUAAAAAAAUUGUUGCUUUGUGUAGAAUAAAUGGAUGAUUGAUUGCCAUAUAUUGGUAACAAUUUGUUGUAUACGUAUGUUUCUACUGAAUAAACGUCUAAAUAUAUUGC